AUGGUUGAUAAUUGGAGUGCAGAGUAUUUCGAAGCAGUUGUCAGAAAAUACGUGCUAAGAAAUGUAAGUCAAAAUGUAGGAAAUCCUCAAAAAAUCUGAAUAAUUUUGCAGAAAAUCCCGAAAAGUUUUGAAGAUGAAAUGGUUGCGCGAAAAGGAACUGUUAUUAAAUCAGAUCAAUUUUUGGGAAUAAUCGAGAAAUUAAUGAACAAUGAUGAUGAAAUGUAUGCGAUCUAUCAAAGUCCUGAAGAGUUUCUCGUUGAUCUCUAUAAAUUUCAAAAAUUUCCUGACAAUUCCACGCAUACCACGCCCAGGGGUUAACAAAUGCACGGCGCCAAUAUUUUUUCAAAAUUUUGAUGAAAUCCACGACGCCAAAAUUUUUUUGCUAAGUGAGGGGAUUUUUUUCAUUAGCUCUAGAACAAAUUAAUUUUUACAGAUUCAAACGACUACGGCCCAUUUCAACUUCAAGUUCCAAUCUCAAAUGGAUUUUAA